AUGUCUUCCAGCAACAACGGCGAAGCAACUAGGUCCAUCAGCAAGGCAAUCCCCUUGCAUAUGAUUGGUCCAUAUGACAUUAUUUGUGGAAGAUCCAGUGAUGCUUACAACAACAUUGGCAACCGUCGGUUUCGCAUCACAGUUCGAAUGUUUCAAAAGAAAUAUCAAGACCUGGAUGGACGGGGUCAACGUAAGGAUUUUAUCAACGACCUAACCAAGAUAGUGCGAAAUGAUAUAGGCUUUCGAUUCCUUAAGGAAAAGGAUGGUCAAUACUUUGAUAUUGGUGAUGUGGAAGCAAGAAAAAAAAUUGGGCAUGCACUGUUGGAUCACAACAUGAAGAACCGAAAGGGUGCCGACUCUCUCAAAGCUCUCUUCAGUCAAAGGUUCGACUACAAGCAAAUCCCAUGCAAGCUCAAUGCCAAAUGUCUGCCAAGCAGUCUCAAGAGAAAAACAUCCUCAUCUUCUCUCAAUUCCACAUCUACAUCAUCCACAUCAUCCACAGCCUCCAACACAACUACAUCUUCCAGCCUAUCAGAAUCUUCCUCAGGCCAGUCUCUGCGGAACGAGAAUAAAAAUUCAUCCAAAUCCUCUGACAUCUCGGCCUUGGAGUCAGAUGUCUGCAUGUCAUUACUAGGCUUGGCAUCGGUUGGAAUGGGAGUUCAAUCGACGACACUACAAUAG